AUGGUUGAUGUUGGUUGCCUCACAUGUAGGGAACUUUUCUUCUUGUUUUUACUCUUUUGCUGGUUUCUUAUACAAAUUUUCUUCCUCAAUGAUCCCAUUUGCGUUUUUCAACCUUUGUUUUUUUCUUUUUUCAUGAUUAAGCUCGAGUCAUCUCUUGCCUUUGCCAUUUUAGAAAUCAAAGGUUUGGUGAGGAGGUAGAAGUUUCAUAUUUUGGGAGAUUCACUUGUUCUGCACUGUUUGGCUGGUUGGAAUUCAAAACAGAAAUCUAGAGGGCUUUUGUAUUUCUAGCAUCUAGCUUCACUGUGUCAAUAAUAAUUUUUGAACGUUGAUGAUAAAAUGGCGAAAUUUUAAAUGGGUUCCGGUUAUUAGCUCCUCCCAUAUUUUUUUUGCCUUCUAGGUGUUUGUUUCUUUGUCGGAAUGAACAUAUGUUCUAUAAAAGAGGCUUAAGAAAAAGGAUAGGGAAAAAGUAGGUAAAGGCUGGCAGCUUAUAUAGAAUCUUAGAGAGAUUGAAAGGAUAAAAGCUAUUGCUACAAGGCAAAGCAAGAAGACUAUGGAGGAAAUAUCUUCUGCUGUUGCAGUGCCAUUUACACUUGGGAAGUUGACGCAGGAUUCAUCAGUAACAACAACCCACAUGGAGAUAGCUGGGUUGAAGCUUAUGACCAAUACAGCAGCUUUGAUUUUGAAUCCUGCAAUGGAUGAUAGUGAAAAUCAAAGGGGUUUAAGUUCACAGCAUCAGACUAUUGAAGCUGCAGAAGAGGAUAAUCAUGUUGGCGAUGCCCUUGUUUCAGAUGUGCCUAUUGGAUGUGAGAGAGAUUGGGUUGGGAAUGAAACCCACAGUCAGAAAAGCAAGGAAGAUGAUUUCAUGUUAAAAGUUGACUUUCAACGUCCAAAUGAUUCAAGCUCUCAAUCUCUUGCUGGGGAACGAUCUUCAACUUUGAGGACUAAUUGUUCUGAGAUUGAUUCUCCAGUUAGUACCAUCAAGGUUGAAGAUGAUAUAGUACUAAAGCCAGUGCUGAAAAUGGUCUCAGUUGAAAUGGAUAUUGAAAUUCAUGAUGGCAGCAGAUCAGAUGGAUGUGAUUCUAAACCAUCAGAUUCACUUCUUGCGAUGUCAGGGGAGAAAAUAUGCAGAAGGAGCUACAAGAAUGGAUUGGAAUGGAGUAGUGGAGCCCUUUGGGGUUUUUCAUCAAUCUGUGGAAGGAGAGAGGAGAUGGAAGAUGCUAUUGCAGUAGAACCUCAACUCUUGCAAGUCCCUUCACAGAUGCUAACGGAAAACCAUGUGACUGAAAACCCAAAAUACUCAGAAGCCCGCUUUUUUGGUGUCUAUGAUGGCCACGGGGGCUGCCAGGUUGCUAAUUACUGCCGGGAACGACUUCAUUCGGUGUUGAUUGAGGAGAUAGAGGCUGCAGGAACAAGCUUGGGAGAAAAGAAUGCAGGAGACAACUGGCAGGACCACUGGAGGAAAGCAUUCUCCAAGUGUUUUCAGAGAGUUGAUGAUGAGGUUGAUGGAAAAGGUGCAGCUAGUAAUGAAGACAACAGCCAUGGAUCUGAGUCUAGUUUUGAACCUCUUGCUCCUGAAACUGUUGGCUCUACUGCUGUGGUUGCCAUUUUGAGUCAAACCCACAUAAUGGUAGCAAAUUGUGGGGAUUCAAGAGCGGUCUUGUGUCGCGGAAAAGAAGCCAUUCCAUUGUCUACUGACCACAAACCAAACAGGGAGGAUGAGUGGGCAAGAAUAGAAGAUGCAGGAGGAAGGGUCAUACAAUGGAAUGGAUACAGAGUUCUUGGGGUUUUGGCUGUGUCAAGGUCCAUAGGUGACAGAUAUUUGAAACCAUGGGUAAUACCUGAACCAGAAGUACAGUUUGUCCUUAGAGAGAAAAAUGAUGAGUGCCUUAUUGUAGCCAGUGAUGGUUUAUGGGAUGUCAUGACAAAUGAAGAAGCCUGCCAGGCUGCAAGAAACAGAAUCCUUCUUUGGCACAAAAAGUAUGGCAAUGGCAACAACAAUGGGUCUGCUGAACGAGAAGAUGGAAUUGAUCCUGCAGCUCAGUUUGCUGCAGAGUAUCUAUCCAGACUUUCCCUUCAAAGGGGAAGCAAAGAUAACAUAUCUGUUAUUGUGGUGGACUUGAAGGCACAAAGAAAAUUGAAGGCAAGGGCAUAGCCAUAGCAUGCCUACCUAUCAUCUGUUAAAAGAUGAUUAGGUAGAAUAAACUAAUAAUGAAUACAUAAAACCAUGUCAGAAAUGGAUCCUGCAUUAAAAAAGGUGGGUAUGGAGAGUUCCUUUUUUUUAAAGAGGUUGAGCAUUUUCAUUGUUAGAUUUACUUUGAGGCUGCGUUUGGUAUAUAUGAAAAUGGGAUCUGAGGAAAGGGAAGAGAUGGUAGAAAGCAUUUUAGUUGUAUUUAGUAGAUAAGAAAGUGGAUUUCUUGUUGGGGGAAAAAAAAGCUUCCUAUGUUUAUGGGAAAGAGCUUUCUCUUUCUUAUUAUCCUUUCCUUUCCUAUUCCCAUUUUGUGCCAAACGAGCCUACAGAUUCUCAUGUUACCGAUUAAAAAGGGUGUUGCUAUUGAAAGUGUCACCUUCCAAGAGAUUAAUAUUAUUUUACUCUUGGAUUUGUAUCUUUGUUAAGAAAAUUUGCAUUAUAUCAUCUGACUUUAUGAAAUUCUCCGAGCAAAGAUACAAGUCCAACUGAAAGACUGGAGGUUGAACUUAAAGUAACAUCACUCAAUUAAUAAGUAGAAUAAGAAUCUCUAAGUAUGUCUGAUAAUGGAAACAAAAAACACUCAACUUCUUGAGAGUUCUUUUCAUAUAACUAUCCAAGUGUGUUUGACAUACAUCCAUAUCUAUUCACAAUCAGUUUAUUCUAUUAUUUUUUUUUUCUGGAAACAUUGUCUACAUUAGUUGGUAGCAUAUUUAGCCCCUUAUUUUUAUACCAGGGCUAAGCCACCUAUGUAUUGUAUUCAAAUAUUUGCAGUGGGAAAGGAUAAUAUUUAGACAAGA